CCACUAGAAACGCUUUUCACUAUGUCCCAAACAGCAACACAGACCAUCGAAACUCAUCAUGAGGAUAUGAUUCAUGAUGCCCAACUCGACUACUACUCGCGUCGGUUGGCAACAGCAUCAUCCGAUCAUACCAUCAAGAUUUUUGACGUCGAUGGCGAUUCACAGCGACUUGUAGAAACACUGACAGGUCAUGAAGCUCCGGUCUGGCAGGUCUCAUGGGCACACCCCAAGUUUGGUUCCAUUCUUGCUUCGUGCUCAUAUGACGGACGCGUAUUUAUCUGGAAAGAGCAAAACGGUACAUGGUCAAGAAUAAAGGAACACAAUGUGCACACAGCAUCAGUGAACUCUGUAUCAUGGGCUCCACAUGAGCUGGGUGCCAUGUUGGCAUGUGCUUCUUCCGAUGGAAAGGUUUCUGUUUUGGAAUACAAAGACGAUGGAUCUUGGGAAACAUAUGUUAUUGAUGCACAUGGCAUCGGCUGUAAUGCAGUCACCUGGGCACCUGCUGCUAUUCCUGGCAGUCUUGUUCAAGCCAAUGGAGGUGCCCCUACCAUCAGUGUAGUAAAGAAACUCGUCUCUGCUGGAUGUGACAAUCUCAUCAAAAUUUGGGGAUGGAGAGAGGAUACAAAGUCGUGGCAGGAGGAAGAGACCCUUGAGGGCCACUCGGACUGGGUUCGCGAUGUUUCUUGGGCACCCAGUAUUGGGCUUCCCAAGAGCUAUCUUGCAAGCUGUUCUCAGGACAAGACAGUCUUGAUCUGGACACAGAACAGCCCCAACUCAAAGUGGACUAAGAAGCUGCUUGGAGAGAAGUUUCCUGAUGUUGUCUGGCGUGUCAGUUGGUCACUUUCCGGAAAUGUUUUGGCUGUUUCUUGUGGCGACAACAAGGUCACCUUGUGGAAAGAAGAUUCCAAGGGUGAAUGGGAAUGUGUACAGCAAUUGGAAGAAGACCAUUAGUAUUUUGAACUGUGCAAAUACUGAUUGGUUUAAACACGAUAAACAAGACAGAAUAGUUACCCCAAAAGAAGUACUCGUGAAAUCAAAUAAAAACAAGAUUGAUAAGAUACUAUUUAAUC